CCCCCGCCCCCCAGCGACUGCGGAGAAUGAGCACCUCGGGCCGCCGAGCGCAGCCGGAGAAGAAACCCUGAUGAUCUCGGGCUGAGCCUGUGUCCGCGACGAUGUCGGUGGCGUUUGCGUCUGCUCGGCCGAGAGGCAAAGGGGAGGUCACACAGCAAACCAUCCAGAAGAUGCUGGACGAGAACCAUCACCUGAUCCAGUGCAUCCUGGACUACCAGAGCAAGGGCAAGACCGCCGAGUGCACGCAGUACCAGCAGAUCCUGCACCGGAACCUGGUCUACCUGGCCACGAUCGCGGACUCCAACCAGAACAUGCAGUCCCUGCUCCCCGCUCCGCCAACCCAGAACAUGAACCUGGGCCCCGGAGCACUGUCCCAGAGCAGCUCCGGCCAGAGCCUGCACUCCCAGAGCAGCCUCAGCGACGCCAUCGGCACAGGCCUGCCCCCGUCCUCCCUCAUGCAGGGCCAGAUUGGCAAUGGUCCGAACCACGUGUCCAUGCAGCAGACGGCACAGAGCACGCUGCCCACCACCUCCAUGAGCAUGUCUGGCAGCGGCCACGGCACGGGGCCUGGCUACAGCCACUCGGGACCCGCCUCGCAGAGUGUGCCCCUGCAGGGGCAAGGUGCCAUCGGCAACUACGUGUCUCGGGCCAACAUCAACAUGCAGUCCAACCCAGUGUCCAUGAUGCACCAGCAGGCAGCCUCGUCCCACUACAACUCGGCGCAGGGCGGGAGCCAGCACUACCAGGGCCAGUCGUCCAUUGCCAUGAUGGGCCAGAGCGGGCAGGGGAGCAGCAUGAUGGGGCAGCGGCCCAUGGCGCCCUACCGACCCUCCCAGCAAGGCUCGUCCCAGCAGUAUCUGGGCCAGGAGGAGUACUAUGGCGAGCAGUACGGCCACAGCCAGGCCGCCGCGGAGCCCAUGGGCCAGCAGUACUACCCUGACGGACACGGCGAUUACGCCUACCAGCAGUCAUCCUACACGGAGCAGAGCUACGACCGGUCGUUUGAGGAGUCCACGCAGCACUACUAUGAGGGCGGAAAUUCCCAGUACAGCCAGCAGCAGGCGGGGUACCAGCAGGGCGCGGCCCAGCAGCAGACCUACUCCCAGCAGCAGUACCCCAACCAGCAGAGCUACCCCGGGCAGCAGCAAGGCUACGGGCCAGUAUGGAAAUUACCAGCAGUAAGGGACAAGGUUCUCGUUGGAGCCUUGUGGUGGCAUAUCCGUCUGGGGAUGGAUGGGCUGGUGGCAGUUCUGAUGGACUGUGACCUGUUGGUUGCCCCUCGCCCCACACAGCGUCUGCACGUGAAGCGUGCACAUUUCAUGCUGGGUAUGACGCCGAGCAUGCACCGCUGGCGAGAGACAGUGCUUUGAUGGUGUGACAUAUUUGGUGCUGUGUAUAGUAUUGUAUGUCCAUACAAUGGAAAGGUUGUCCCUUUUUUGUCCCCCUUCUUGAUGUUUCUAGCCAACUUUAGGGAUCCUUUUGUCAUCAGAGUGUUCUGUGCCCAGUGAUGGGACAUGUCUACAAGAUGCUAUAGUCCACGUAUUCAUAUAAACAGACCUUAGGUCUAACUCUCCUCAUGCAGUUGUAAUGUGGGUUGUAAACUUAUCUUUCACUGGCUACAUCACAGCUGGACACAUGCAUACAAUCCCUGGACGCAGCCUCUUCUUGUGCCUCGAUGCGAGUGCGGGAGGCAUCUUCCAUGUUUUGGGUCAAUUUGUUACACACUGGAAAGGAUAAAUAUGCUUCAUUGGGAAAGGCUAUGAAUGGUCAUUUCCAGAGCUUGCUUGUUACCUGUGUUGCUCACCAAUUCUGUUUAUCCAAAAGUUAUGUGAUUUUGUAUUAAAAAGUAAAGAGGGAUCAAUGACUAUAUUCCAAAUAAAUAUGAAUCCAAGAAGGCAACGUCUGAUGAGCCUAACCCAGGGAGAGUGGUAUCACUGAAACAGAGGGUAGUUCUCUGAAAUUACUUUGGCCCUUGUAUAUCUGACAGUCAUUUCUGGGAUUUGAAUAUUUAAUAUGCCCAAUUCUAAAUUUAUAAUUUAAAAUAUUGAUACCAAAUUUUCCAAACAGUUGGCAAGUUGUUUAUAUUAUUUCUUCCAGGACCUACUUGUUCAGAUCUCCAAGCAAGUGUUCCUUUUCUUUUAGGGACAUCUGAAACUCACAUCUCAUUUUUGAAAAGAACCCUACUAACUUUACCGUGUUCUUCCUAAUGAAAAAGAAAGGUUUAUUUAUAUAGAGAAAUUUGAGUAAUUUUUUACAUUCCUAGGACAUUAAAUCCCAUUUAAAUUCUGUGCAGACAUUAAAGAUAGCUCACUUGGAAAAGUAUGGUCAAAGGAAAAAUCCUACAUUUCACUAAUAAGUAAUAUGGACAUUUUAUGAACCUUUACUUGGAUAAUAUCCAUAUUUACUACGAGUCCUUUAAAAACAUCUUUGGAUAAAUGCCAACAUAUUUCCAAGACCAACCAGAUAAUACAAAAAUAUCCAAUUCUUGAUAUAUCAGGUCUAAUGAAGAUGAUGUUUUUAAGUUUUAUGUUUUAAAAAUUUAUAAAAGUAGUUCUUUAUCUGGAGUUGAAUGCUUUACAGUUUACAGGGCAUUUUUACAUUUUCUUUUGCUUGAAUGAAUCCUUACAGUCCCCCCUGGGAAACAUGGAGGCGGUUACUGUUCCCAUUUUACAGAUGCAGAACCGAAGCUCAGGUUAAAGGACUUCCCCAGUCAAAUACAGUCCUGUUCUAGGACAUUCUCCCCUCUUCUGUGGAGACAGAAUCACACACACAUUGGGUAAAAGCAUUUAUUUUGUAGGUAUAUGGGUUUUAAAAACCCUUAACACUGGUAAAGGCUUAAAAAUACAUAUCUAUAUUAAAUUACUGAAAUGAGAAUUGUUAAUUGCUAAAUGACACACAUUAGCAGUUUCAUCUAGGGAGUCGUCUCCCUUGAUUUUGUUCUGUUCUUUCCUGACAAUUUUCCAUAAAACUAAUUUGCAAACUCAUUCAGGGACUAAGAUUUCCCAUUGAAAAUGUUAAAACAUUUUAGAUAACUGUGAAAAUAGUUUAUUUUUAUUCCUUGCCAAUCUGGGAAUAUGCCUUUUAUGUGUUUUUUUUUAAGUGCUAUAUUAAACUUUUUGAAAGAAAAGGUCACUUAAAAAACUUAUCCUGAAACUUCAAUCUGAAAUGUCUUACAUUAAGAAUUUCUUGAAUGUUGUGUAUAUAUUUUAAAAAGCACUUUGUGAAAUAGUUUGUACAUUUAUUUCCUAAUUUAUACAUGAUUUUGGGUGUUCAUAUAUUUAAUGAUUAAUAACAAUGUCUAUUUAAUGUUGUCCAUUUUAUGUAAUACUGUGGGGAAGAAGCGAUGCCAGCCGUUCUUUCUAACUGUAUUAUAUCUGCUCUUCUGUAAUAUGAAUGUUUGCAAAAGCUUCGGCGAAAACGAAUUGUUUGUGCAGUGUGGUGGGUGGUGCUUUGUUUUUUUUAUGACUACUUCUACAGAAGGCCAGUGAAGAUGCAAAGGAAGACUUGGAAAUAGACACUUAUCCUUCUUCCUGUCAUCCCUGACACCCAGCAGGUCGUGAGUUUGAAAAAUGAUGACCACAAUUUUCAGAAGUGCUGACAAGUUCAUAUUGGUAUGCAAAAGCUCAUCACCCAUUAGGGUUUGUUGUUGAACCAACAUAUCUGUGGCCUCAGCUAUUAACAAAUACUUAGCACUCAGGCUGAGAGUCAUUACAAACAGCAUUAAGGUGGACAAGGUCUCCGGGACCUCAAGGGAAGCCUUAAUAUGCUCAUAUAGUUGGAGCCUAAGUGAGCCUCUGAUUUUGUCAGAGUUUUUAUAUACAUAGGUUUGAAUAUCGGGCAUCCAUUCAAAGUUGCACAAAGAGGAAGACUGUUUCUGUUUCCGUUUAAAAUUUUUUAGCCAUACUUCAUUUCUAUUUAUUGAAAAGGUCAAAUUUGUCUUAUUUGUGAGCACAGUACAUUUUUUGAAAAACAUCUUUAUUGGUUCAUUUUUUUUUUAAGUCAGUUUGGUGUCUAAAUUGUUUAUGCUUUUGGUGUAAUCUGUUAAUAAACUGGUUCUUCAAAAAUCA